AGAUGGCGCCUGACCUGCGUCACUUCGGCUCGCCAUCGUUCUGUUCGAGUUGGUGAAAGAGGAGGGAGGGGCUAGUUGUUUCUACUUGUAGUCUUUCUACAAUUCAUCCUUCGUUUUGUCGGCUACUGUUAGCGCCGAUGACGAGGUAUUUGAAGAUAAUUUGCAGUAUCGAGAUAAAACGAUCUAAUCGUGUCUAAAAAGAGAAAGGAAGGAAAAGGAGGGAGGAAAUAAGGAUCCAACGAUUUUUUUGAGUCUUGAAAAUUAUAAAACAUCGUGAUGUUAUAUUCGGUGCUUCUGGUUGGCAGCAUAAAUCGAUUGAUAUGAGAUCGUGGAUUUAUUGACAUAUCUAUUUACAACGGUCAUUCAAUCAGAGGAUAACCUGCUUCAAGCGAAAUAACUGCUCGAGGAAAUAAACUUAAAAGAGUUAAAUUUCAUGAAAAUGUUCGAACGUCUUCUUCGUCAGCAGUUUUAUAAGUAAAGAAAAAUGGCGUCGAUAGCUUCUAGAUCGCGCAACCGCCGAGUAUGCUGUAUUCUUACUUCCGUAAUGUGCACCAAUAUUUUUCUAUGAUAAAUUGAUUAAUAAAAAUUAAAAAAAAAUAUCUUUUUAAGAAAAAUUAAAUACAUAAUAAAAAUAUAUUCCAAUUUUGUAAUUUUUAAUUGUUAAAGGAAUCACUUUUAAUAUUUAUAAGAAAUGUAUAUGAUAUGAGUGAGUUAAUGUUAAUGUCAUCGGAAAGUAGAUAAAGGUGCAAGCUAAUGGAAAAGUGAAUGUUGUUUUUUUAUCUUGUUAUAUAGUUCAAAAGAUUGAGUAGAAAUAAAAAUAUUUUGAUACGUGAUAGGAAUAAGAGAAAACAGACGUGGAAGAAAACAAAUCUUGUUCAAGAUGUCAGGAAGACUACCCCGAUUGCGUGCACUUCGUCCACGACCUCAGCAUUUUAAAACGGAACCACAUAAGGAAAGUAACCUUAAAGAAAAUCGACGGGAAACUGUAAUGAAAGAACACGAUUUACAAAGCGAAGACAUUUCUUACAGUGUCAAAGAUGAUGAUACUAUAAAAAAACAUGAACAUGAGGUGUUCGAUUAUUCGGAAUCCUCACAAAAUUACGAGUGCAAAACAUGUAAACCUUCAAAAUCUCUAUCAAGUCUUAAAGCAUAUCUCGAUCAUCUAAAAAAAGAGCACAAACAAAAGGGAAAAUUCAUACGUGAUACUGGAAAUCGAUGUUCUAUGUGCUCAUAUGUUGCAUUAAAUUCAAGAGAUCUUGAAACUCAUCAGAGAGUACAUCAUUUAAAGAGAAGAUUUUUCCGUUGUGCUAAAUGCUCUUAUGUAACACAUGUACGUGCUCGCUAUACAAAGCAUGUGAAGUAUCAUUCUAUGCCAAUGAUUAAAUGCGAUGCCUGUGAUUUUCGUACACCAUACAAGUGGAAUUUAGAUAGGCAUACUAGAAAUCAUGGAGGAGGUGGAGCUUUUCAAUGCCGUGCUUGUAAUUUUACAGCUGAUAUUAGACAAAGUUUAACAGUACAUGAAACUAAUCAUCAUGAACCUCCAGUAGGUCAAAUAAAUCGUAAAUCUAAUACACCUUUUGAACGUAAACCAAGAAAUAGCCCUAAACGUUACAAUCAGGUAGGUGCAAGUGAUUUUCGAGAAUCAUUGCAUAUAUCUGCAAGUACAACAGUCUCAAUCAGUCCUGGAGACACAUUCAUUUCUGAUCAAACUAUAGAAGAUAAAAGAAGUGCAAUAGCCAAUGCAGAAUGUAUAGCAUUGAAAUGUGAAGAAAAAGGUUGUCAAUUUAUUACUGCAUGGGAUUCUGAGAUGCAAAGACACUUAGCAGAAUGUCAUAUUCCAAUUACACCAAAUAAAUCUAGAAAACCACUGCCAAUGUUAAUUCCACUAAGUCCUGCUAAAUUAAAUAAUAUUAGCAGUGGACCUUCAACAACAUUAUUAAAAGUUCCACGUGUCAGAGUAAGACCGGAACUCGCACAAAUUGCAAGAGAUACAGAACUAGCGAAGUUAUAUGGGAAUAAAGAAGCUAACAACUUAAAGAAGGAUGCGAAUAACGCGGCUGAUUUAUUUGAAAAAAAAAAUGCUUCCUUCUUUGAUAAACUUAAGGAAAAACUUACAACGACAGCGUCAAUUAAUAAUGGAGUAGCGGAGGUAGCUGUAAGUACUACGAACGAUUUGAAAUGCUGGUGUACUUUUAAAGCUAGUAGCAUGGAAGAACUGGCUUGUCACAAACAAAUACAUCACACUGCUCUCAGUGUAUCUGUGGGCACAACGCGUUGCCCGAAGUGCAGAAGACGUUGCAAAAGUUCGACUGAUCUACAAGUACAUAUGCAGUGUUGUCAUUCGACAAGCAAUGAUACAUCAAUACACAAUAGUUUAGAAAAAUUAUCAAAUUGUUCAGAACUCCGUGUGACCUCGUAUCGCGGUGAAUAUGCAUUCCCAGCGCAAAUGGAUUGGGACGUUAAUCUCAGCGGACUGAAUUCUUCUGGAUCAUCGGUUGAAGGCUCCUCGACGCAUCCAAGUGGCCGACGGGUAUUCAAAUGCCCGCAUUGUCCAUUUUGGGCAUCUACCGCAAGUCGUUUUCAUGUUCAUAUUGUCGGUCAUUUAAAUCGGAAGCCAUUCGAGUGUUCUCUAUGCGCAUAUCGCUCUAACUGGCGAUGGGACAUCACAAAACAUAUUAAACUUAAAGCAGCUAAAGAUCCAGUUCAUAUGACUGCCAGAGUACUUAUGACGGAUGAAACAGGUCGACGGAAUUAUUCCAAAUAUAACAAAUAUCUUGCACAGGUCGAGCAACAAUCAUGGGAAGAUCAGAUCAUGGAGGAACGUAGUGUAGAAGAAAUGAAUUCUGAUGAACCACCGACUAAAUUAUUGAUAAUGAAUCGUAACGAAUAUCUACAAACAUCGGAGCCCUCUUCUACUUCUAUUUCAAUUGCAUCUGCAAGCGAAGGAAAUCAUAAUCUUAACACCAUUAAUAUUGGAUUAAGACCACCACCACCUCUUAAAGCAGCUGUGAGAAAUCGAGGACAAUCUUUGCUUAAAAACAAUUUGAUUUCUCCCCAUGCUCAGACUGGAUCAGCCACAGUCACAGAUGAAAAUAAACGCACAAUGUGGAAAUGUAAACGUUGUAAUUUUCGACAUUCCAAUAGAGAAACUGUCUCUAUUCAUGUUAAAUCACAUAAUGAAUUCGAACGUCAUGAAGAUGAGAAAAAUGCAUUUGGUUGUGAAGACUGUCCAUUUUCUGCAUCUGAUGCAGCAUCUUUGUCGAUGCAUAGAAUUCAUCAUCGUCCAAAUUUAGAAGCUAUUUUUAAAUGCUACCUAUGUCCAUAUUAUGUUAGCACAAAAGCGGAGCUUUUAGAUCAUGUCAGACUUCAUGGAGAAGAACUUGCCGUAGUACAUCAACAAACUAUGGAUUAUAAUUUCUCUACUAAAUCUAAAGUACAUCGAGCUUUAAGCAACGAGAGUAAUAUUAAUCGCACAAAACAAGAAAAGCCUAUAGAACAAGUGAUUCACAUAACAACGCAAAAUAAUGUGACUUGUUUCACUAAUGCCUCGAAGAAUUCCGGAGCACCACCGCCACCACCAUUGCUCCUUGAUACCCGAGCACUGCCUGAAGCUCCAUUAGUAUGGGUAUCCCGACCAGAUGGUACACUCGCAAAAAUGUUAAAAUGUCGUCACUGCCCUUUUGUUUCUUCACGACGCGCGGAAGUCCGAGAUCAUGAGACUAUGCAUCUCGAUUCUCCCAGUAAUGGUCCCGUAGUCGCCUGUACAGAUUGUAGUUUUACUUGUACACGACGAGAAGUUAUGGUUGCGCAUACAGAUAUGCAUUCCGGAUCUUUAGGCACUGUUCAUUGUUUAGUAGAUGAUUCAAGACCAGAUUCACAGCAAUUAAGUGACUUAGCUGCGCUUCUUGGUUUUACUCAUUCUCCUAUAUUAGGUUCAGAACCUGAUUUACGAGAUUUAAGACUUGUUCAUUGUUGUAGCAAAUGUCCGGCACGAUUUCUCUGUGAAAAGGAAUUAAGAAUUCAUUUAAGAUAUCAUUCUACGGAAUUAGCUUAUUCUUGUCAAUGGUGUUCCUAUGCCGCUCGACAGCCGGCUCAUCUUUUAGCUCAUCAAAAAGCACAUUCUACAGAAUAUCAAGAGCGCACUAAAUAUUUAUUGUCUUUGUACGGUCAUUCACAACGAUAUCCACCCCCUACCACAGCUUGUGUUGAAACAAAUAAUCAAGACUCAAGUAAUUCGUCAUCUACCGUUGCAUGGAUUGUAGUUGAAGUUACAGAAACUUCAAACAAUGGAUUUAAUAAUAUCACGAAUAACAUAAAUCAACGAACUGGAAAUCAAGUAUUUACUUGCGCCAAAUGUCCAGCUCGUUACUUUAAAUUAGAUGCUCUAGAGUAUCACAUGACUCUACAUGGAUCGAACAAUAGAUUCAAAUGUACUGAGUGUGAUUAUUCAUCAAAAACAGCUCAGAAUUUAGUGAAACAUCAAGUCGUUCAUCGACGUCAAAAUGAAACAAAUGACUUAACUUCAAAUUUGACUCCAUCCCCUGAUCCACAAUUUGGACUUUUUAUGCGUGGAAAUCCUAACUUUGUGUAUCCUGGUUAUUUAAGAAAUGGUCGAUUAAAAGAAAAACGAUACAAAUGCCAUAAAUGUCCAUCUGCCUUUGAAAAACGAGAACAAUAUAGAGUUCAUUUGACUUUGCAUGGUGCAAAGCAGAGAUAUCGAUGUGAUACUUGUGAUUAUUCUGUCAAAUAUUAUGCUAAUUAUAUUCAACAUCUAAAGAAACAUCAGGCAAAUGCUGAAGCACAAGCUUCACGUAGACAAUUUGAAGACGAUACGAUUACUAUUGAUAGUGAUAUUGUUUCCGAUAAUACAAAUUCAAUUUCACGUUCAGGAAAAACACUUAAAUCAUCAAAUAAUACAACUUCAAUUAUACCUACAAAUGGAAUAUCAGUGUUAAAUUUUGGUGGAGCGCAAGCCUCAAAUCAAGAUAAGCAAUCUUUAAUGUUGUUACAAAAGAAAGGGAUACUUUUGUCUUCUAAUAAUGAAGUAGAAACGUUACGAUGCCAAAAUUGUCCGUUUUCUACAUGUGAUAAAGAUACAAUGGAUGCUCAUAAACGACGACAUGGCAUUGAAAGAAUGACGCCAUCUUGUCCUCAUUGUGAUUAUAUACCACGAAAAGAUGAAAAUGUUGGUGAACAUAUUAGACUACAUUUUACAAGACUUUAUAAACCAGAAUCCUAUCUUAUCAUAGAAUUAUUAACAUUGACAAUGAGAAAAAUAACUUCGAAUGGAAAGGAGGAAAAACAAAAGGCUGCCGAAUUACUUUUUAAAGAAUAUGCGGACGGAAGAUUCUUUCCUUUUACCGAUACUAAUUCCUUUGGUAGUUCUUCUGCUAUGAAUUACAAAGAAAAAGUUAUAGUGGAUCCAAAUACAGGAGAAACAAAACAUUUAACUGUUUGAAAAAAAUUAAAAUUAAAAAAUAACUAUAUAAUGUAUAUUUUUUUGUAUAUAAUACAUGAUGCAUCUUAGAUAUUUAUGAAUA